AUGGGGAACCAUGCCUUGAAAGGGAGAGAACAAAGAGGUGGAACUGAAAUUAACGUGUGUGGAAAGGAAGGUUCCCUAAAGGAUGAUCUUAGAAAUAACGUUCCAAAGAAUCCCCCUGGUGGCUUUCAUUCACCUGCAAAAUGGAACUAUCAGCUGUUCAUGCUGGUGGCAGCUGUUCAGCUGAUGGAUCAGCAACUCCGACUCAGUUAUAACUUCUCCCCAGAAGUUGAAUUCAGGGCUAUCAGGUCCCUCACCUUGGGCAAAGUCACAGAGAAUCUUGGAUUGGAUGCUGAAGUCGGUAAAGCCAAUGCCCUGGGUUUUGUCGGGUGUCUGGCCUCAGUCCAGUACAACCAUGUUACACCACUGAAGGCGGCCCUGCGCCAUUCUGCCACUGCACCGGUAACCAUCCACGGGGUCUUGACAGAAUCCAGCUGUGCCUCUCUGAUGGACUCGGAUGUGAAUGCAGUGACCACGGUGCAUUCCUCAUCAGAUCUUUUUGGGAAGACAGAUGAGCGGGAACCACUCACCAACGCAGUGCGAAGUGACUCAGCCGUCAUUGGAGGAGUAAUAGCAGUGGUGAUAUUCAUCAUCUUCUCGAUCGUUGGCAUCAUGAGCCGCUUCCUUUAUCAGCAUAAGCAGUCACAUCGCACCAACCAGACGAAGGAGAAGGAAUAUCCAGAAAAUUUGGACAGUUCCUUUAGAAAUGACAUUGAUUUGCAAAACACAGUGAGCGAGUGUAAGCGGGAAUAUUUCAUCUGAAAAACUGCAGGGUCA